GCUUGAAAAAGUCGAAUGAAGUUCAAAUUUCUGUCGUCGGUCACGCAGCCCAAUUGUUUUUCGAAUCGGCUCAAAGGAAUCAUUAUAAAGAAUCGGCUCGAAAGAGCGAUUCGUCUGGAAACUGUGCAUCACUAUCUGAGAGUUUCCUCCUUUUGCACAGUCAGUCUCUCCAUCCCAGAUCCUGUCUCUGCACGCGUCUACACUCGUUUACUGUUCAACGAAGGGGGCAGAAUGGGAGCAAAGCUCAGUCGGAAGAAGAGUGAAGCCGGGAUAGGAGCAGAGACAGUAGGUCCAGCUGAACAAGAGGACUCACCUGUGGCUGAAAAUGCAGAGCAAAAACCUUCCGAAGGUGAGGUUCAAGAAGAGAGCAUACCUGCAGAAGAGAAGGCCAUCGGCUCUUCAAGCAGUGUUCUGCAGAGCCUUACACAAGCUGUAGGAGAAACAGUCAACGCAGUCACUGAACACAUUGCUGCACCGGUGGAAGAUGUUGUAAACAAAGGUAUUGAAGCAGUGGAGUCCGCGCUGGCAUCUGUCAGCCUGAUUGAGAAGGAACCUGAACCUGAACAGAAGCCUGAACCUGUGGUAGAUCUCGCCGGUUCUGAUGUUCUCCCAGAACCCAGCCUCUUGGAUGACCUGCUGAAAUCUCCAAUCUCAGAAGCCCUCAUUUCUGGAGUCACUAUGGUGAGUGAAGCCAUGACCAGUGAGAUGGUGGAAGACAAAAUUAGCAGUCCUGCACCAGCUGAGAACAAAGAUUUUUUGGCAUGUCUGGAUAAGGUGGAGACGCCCUCAGUGGACCUCCUGGACUGUGAACUGACCCAUGAAUCCACAAUCCCUAACUCAGAUCCAUCAUUCACUUUGGAAGAUAUGGGACAGAACGCAGUUGACGCAGUCAACCUUAUAUAAACCGCUACACUCUACUCUAGAAAACAGCAGCGGCUGGAAGGUCGUCGCAGCAAUAUCCAAGAUGUUUUUUUCCUGAGGAUGUAGUCAUGAAACAGGGUUGUGUGCGAUUCAGAAUUGAAUCGAGGUAGCAAACUGGAUGCAGAAUUCGUGAGAAAGAAUGAAAAUGUAUUUAAGUUCAAACCAUUUCAUGGAACUGUCAUUUUUAUCAGAAAUAUUGGCUUGAGAAAACCUUUUAGCUUUUGUUUGAAGGUAAUAUUUGUCAGUAGAGCCAGUUCUGAGUUUUACACAACCUUGUCAUGAAAUAGAUAAAAAGUUCCAUGUAAAACCAGCCACCUGAUAUCUAAUGAACAUUCCUUAUGCCUACCGAUUCAUUGACAAGCAGCAAACCAGCUGUCUUAUAUCUUUUCUUGAUGGUCUAUUUUCUUUCAAGCUCUUGGUGAUUGUGUGUGAACCGUUCAGUCUCCCAAUGGGGAAGAGGAAAAGAAUGUACAUUAAUACGAUGAUUGUAGUAAAGGAAAAUAAAGACUGUAACACAUCACAAUAA